AUGGCACGUUCCGGUAAUCCGAAGUUUUCACUUUUUCAUGGCCUUUUUCUCAUACUUCUAUGUUUUUGGUUAGAGGUUUGCACUUCCAUAGACACAAUUACACCAACACAAUUCAUCAAAGACCCUGAAACUAUAGUCUCCAUUGGAAAGACCUUCAAGCUUGGAUUCUUUAGUCCUGGAAAUUCUACAAAUCGUUAUGCUGGUAUCUUGGAUAACAUCCCUGCAACUAUUGCGGUAUGGGUUGCCAAUAGAGAUAACUCUCUGAAUGAUUCAUCUGGGAUUUUGACAAUAUCCGAGGAUGGUAAUCUGGUAAUCCUAAAUGGGCAGAAGGAGAUCAUUUGGUCAUCAAAUGUUUCGAAUCUUGUGGCCAAUUCGAGUGCCCAGCUUCUGGAUAUAGGGAACCUUGUCUUACGAGACAACUCUAGUGGAAGGAUCAUAUGGGAGAGUUUUCAACAUCCUUCAGACUCAUGCUUACAGAAGAUGCGACUUGGUACUGAUGCAAAAACAGGUGAGAGGACUCUGCUGGCAUCAUGGAAAAGUCCCUCGGAUCCAUCCAUUGGAUCUUUCUCUGCAGGAAUUGAUCCUCUAAUCAUCCCGCAGUUGUUUGUAUGGAAUGGUAGUCAUCCAUACUGGCGUAGUGGCCCUUGGAAUGAAGACAAUUGUGGAAGCAUGUGCUUGAAUAACUGUUCAUGUACAGCUUAUUCAGGUUACUCUGGAAUUGGGUGUAUGCAAUGGAGUGGAAGUCUAAUUGACAUCCAGAAAUUCCUGGAUGGUGGGGCGGAUCUUUACAUUCGAGUGGCAUAUUCAGAGCUUGUCAGAGCAACUGCGGUAUUUUUUGCAUAUGUUGGAUUUGAUGCAAUUGCUGAUUCGACUGAAGAAUCUACAAGACCACAGUGGAACUUCCUAUUAUGCCUAAUGGGAAGCCCUCUUGUUUAUAUUGUAUACACAGUACCUUUAAAAAAAUUCGGAAUAUAUCUGAAAUAUGUAUCUGUGUUAAUAGGCAUUGGUUCUGUUACUGGACUUACUACAACCCUUCUUGUGAGUAGCAGCCUAUUUGUGGUGGUGGUGGUGGUAGGUGACCCACCACAGCUCUGUUCCUCUCUCACUCUCACACCGCCAGCAACGACGAUUCUCACUCUCCAGUCCGAGUUUGGUGGUGAUUUGUCUCUGUCAUUCUCUGGCCGUCUUCGUAUCCCUUUCGCUGUCUACAAAAUCUUGCAGCAUGUCGAGUCAUAUCAGAAGGAAAAUAAGCUUAAUCCAUUGCCCAUUAUAUUGUGCAUUGACUGGAAUGGGAGCAAACGAGGUCAUGUUUACAAAUUCCUUAGAUCUCAAGGGUUUGUGUCAUCAUAUGAUACUGCUCAUCAGUACACUGAUGCAGAUGCGCACAAGCUUCUCAAUCCUGAUGGAUACAGGAAACUAUUGAAAACAAGUUGGAAUGAAGCAGUAUUUAGCAUGUAUAAGGUUGUUCGAGGUCGUGUGGACAUGGUAAAAUGUUGGCAAAUAGACUCUAAUGGAUUCAUUUUAGUUGUGGUACUGGAAGUGACUGUCCUGAUGCUUCUGUGGCAUUUGACUGGUUUGCCUCCUCCAUACUGA